CGAAAAUGAAAUUAGAAUAGUUUUUACAUAUUUUCCAUUGUCGGGAUUAGGUUUUCUCUAAUUAUUUAGUGAGUAAACGAGUCAUGUAUCUAAUCUAGUGUUCAGUUGUUUCUUUUGUCAAAUUCGAAAUCUUCAGCCUAAUAUCUGAUCAUGAAACUCGACAUGGCAGCCUGUUCCAAAGCCCUGUUCAUAAAUACUUUAAAAAAUGCCGCUUCCAUUUUCUUGUAACGGCGUGAACGGGAAAAUUUUAUAGCUUUAUUGCGAUAAAAAUCCAUUACUGCUAUUAUGCAAGAUGGUUCUACAGUUUUCAUUGCUGCCAGCAGUUAACUCCUUUUAACCGUAUAUGCUCUACAGAGACGCAAGUCAGUUGUUGAUAGCCGAUUCUAAUUCAGUUCCGCCUGUUGUUUUGGUUGGUAAACUGCUAAAAUAUGAGCAAUAUUUUAGCAGGGAGUGGGGGCGGAGCGUUUAACCAAAGUUGUAUGCAAAAUAACAAUAAAUGAAAGUCUAGAUAAAUAUUUUAAAGUUGCUAAUAUUCUAGUUUGCUUGAAAUACUAUGCAUUAAGGGAGAGUUUUACGUGUCGACUCAUCUGCAUUUUGCCACGUUUAAUACCCCCGUUGGUUUCCAUUGUUCCAUAUAAAACAAUCAAAAGCGAGCUGAUGGCUCCUGAGGGAAAUUUGUUUUGGAAAUUUCACGGCUAGUAGCGAAAACGUGGUCGUGGAAAUGAUAUUCAUCAUUAGAAUUGAUAGUUUUGUAGCCUAGCAAUCAGAAACUGAAUUGCUUCAGUGCUUAUGAAGCAGACAUAGGCGUUUGGUCACCUUCGCACUUAGGGGGUGGUGUGCGGUUGCAGUGACCUUCUUGCCUGAACUGGAAAAUUAGGUAAUACCCAAAUCCGUGAGUAUUGAAAUCGGGAUGCAAACGAACUCAAAUUAAAUUGCAUGAUGAACAAAAAAAGUUCUCAAUUGUAACGCAGUUGAACUGUUAUAACUCCAAAAAUAUAUAGUUAUUUUGAAACCUCGCUUACUCUAUGACCUCGAUCGACAGCCUAGUAAGAUCAGAAAACUAUAAAUGAAAAACGUCCUUUCUUCCUCGUGUAGAUAGAUAGCUUUAUUAAAAGUUCAAAUCGGUCGCAAGUAGAUGAUGUUCUGCGUCUCAGCAGAGCAAGUCCCUCGGGUCGGAGAAUAAAUUCAAUGUUCAAUACGAAGUUCAGUUUCGACCACACUAAUCCCGUUAAAUUUGAAGAAUGUAACUUUUCUUCUUCAUGCAGUUCUGCUUUCGGUUCACAUUAAAACGGCCACAGAACAUUACAAAUGCAUGCUAGGGCAUGCGCACAUUGCUCGAGCCCGCAAUAAAUCCGGCUUUGUGACGUCAGCAUAAAAGAUCCCUUUUCGUAUUUUAGAAAUCUCCCCUGACUGUUUACAAGAAGAUUGCCGUUUUAGCUUGAGCAAUAGGCAAAACCGGAGGGAAAAAGACGUUUUCUAACAGUUAACCGAAUUAGUGUAGACCAGGACUAUACUACAAAUAGCUUAAACUACCGAUCAGCCUUGUUUGUACGUCCACGCCAUAAUUCAUGUUUCCAAGUUGUGAUCUGGGUGUUGCGCGGUGAUAAUGCAUAUGGCAUUCAUCUGAUAUGAAAAUCGCAAAAUUGAAAAUAUGACGACAGCAUAUAGUUUAUAAAGUCUCAAGUCAUAGACUCCAAGUUUGAAAAAAAAAAAUUGUAACUUUGCUCAGCUAAGUAAACAAUGACAAUGAAUUUGGCGGAAUUCCCAUUAAGCUUUCUUCGAAUUCAAACUUUCCUUUAUCGUGAGGGAGGAUACCACAAAUCACAAAGCAUCAUCAAUUUUGAUUUGCAAUCACGUUCACAAAUCAUAACCGGAAUCAAUCUUUAAAAAUCGAAAUUUCUUUAGGCAAGCUCAACAAACUGAGAGACAGCGCGAGACGCUUAUGUUAACACUAAUAAUAGUUACUGAAUGUGUAUUUCAUUUUGAGUGUUUCCCAUAGAGGCUUUUGAUCCAUAAAUGUGCUCUUUCUUGCGUGCGACAUUUCAAACCUGAAAUCUCGGAAAAUUGAACUGAGAAAACAUACUCUCGAUUUUUCAAAUGUGACUGAGUUGCGAAUUAUCAUCCAUUUCCACUUUUGUCAGACUUCUGGUCAUUAUGAGUCGCCAUCACUUCCUAAUGGCUUCCGUCAUCACUUUUUGCGAUUACAUACAAUAUAAUAUUCCCUAACAAAAUCAAGCCAUCGAGUUAUUGAUGGACUUCCUGUAAUCUAGCUUUGUACGGUGCCACUAUCUUCUUGAAAUCAUUUUGAAACUCAUUGACAGUGCCUCUGUAGUUAGCUCACUUUAUCUGCGGAUGUACUUUGCCAUUAAGUUUAAUUUAUUUAUGACAGCGAAGGCAAACUCUCAUUCUUAUUUUAUCGGGACAGAACUGUAGGUAAAUAACCAACCCAUCAAAGAAACUUUGAUUUUAAUGUUGCCAGUUAUUAUCUUUUUUUUUCGACUGGGGUUUCCCGGUCGCUAGAGGUUGAACUGGUAUCGAAGACCGCAGUCAGUAUAUUUCCAGAGAAAAUAACGCCCUACAUAAGUUAUAUUUUACCAUGCAUGUAUAUAUAUGCUUAAUAUGACAUUUAUAUGACCUUGAGAGUAAUACGAAUGUGCAAUACGAGUGUGAUUCUUAUAACGAUAGCAGCUAAUAACGAUUUUUGAUCUCCUAAGCCAUAUUCUACUUUUUAUUAAAAUUAAGUCUUCUUGUAGAAAGACCCUCUCAGAUUUUAAGAAUUUUGUGUGAACUAUCAUAUCUCAAAGGAAUAUUCAAAUGUAUACGACUUGCUUUGCUAAGAGGAAUACGUAAAACACCAUUACUUAGUAGACCAAGGGCUGCAUUCUUUUUUCCACACCAAUGUCUAACGUUCGAUGAAGAUAGUAAAGAUCGAUUUGAACUUAAAAGUGCUAUUAACCGAGAAUAUGGUUAUCAUUAUUUUGAAUAACCACUUCAAAAGUCCAUUUGCCUUAAAGCGAUAACCUAUUGCGAGGCGAAGUAGCCCCAGGAUUGCUUGUUGAGAAAACAAGAUUUAAAUAUGAAAAGCAAAACUAAUUAUUUAACUCGUCCGCGAAUAGAAACGCUGAUAUAAUUAUAGAGACAUUUCCAACCAAAUCGAAUUGAUUUGUCAACAGCAAACAAAUUUCAGAGCUAUCGCGGUCGCAUUUCAAGCAACUUUAAUUUCCAGCAGUUAAAAUAGCGCAGACAAUUUCAGUGAACUUUUUCCUGCUUCUGCGAUUAGCAAUAAUGGGUAAGAAACAACUGUCAGUAUUCCUGCGACAAAAAGUCAAAAGUAGUACUGUAUUAUAAUUGUAUUAACUGAAUUUAAGUAUUAUUGCUCAAAAGUGAGGGAACCUCUCAGCUGGGCUGGCAAACUUGAAAUGGGUUCUCGUUUGAAUGACAAACAUUAAACUGGGUUCGUAUUCAUUAGCUACUAUCGCCUCGUUCAAAUAACUUGACAAAAUACCCUUGUCACUCUUGAUAAGUCCGAAAAAAGCAGUAUCCAAUUGAUAACAACCACUCAAUCACGCAAAGAGUAUCUUGUUUUAACAGGUGAAAGAAAAAUAUGUUUUCUUGUGGUGAACUGCAUUAGCAAGCUUGAAUGGUAUGUUUGUACAUUUAGCAAAAAGCUUGUGUAAAAGUUUAUAUUCAAGCCCUGCGUGUAAAAAUCAAUUAUUGAAUACUCGAUGACAACAAAUAAUCUUUUAUUACCUAGCCUUGACAAUAGACAUCCAUCAAAAUCAAGAUUAUGGACAUCUUUUUAUAACUUUCCUUGUACUAGCUUUUUACUUAUAAAAAUCCACAUUAGGGACCGCACAAAUAUUAUUCGAGAAGCGUAUUAAGUGGGAUAUAAGAUAAGAUAAAUUUUGCGUCAUGUUUCCUCUUGCAUUCUCAUUCAAAUCAGACAAUUUAUUUUUCCGGUUAGAAACGCCCGAAGCGACAAUACUGUAAGCGACUUCUGGCCUUGAAUGAAAGAGGUUUAAAAUGGAAAGCGUGCAAAUUGCUUGAGCACAGCUGCAUCACCUCGUCGACAAGCUAAGAUUUCGUGGACUCGAUACGUCAAGCUCAGAUAGAAUUUCCCUUGAAAUGAAGUAAUUGACUAUAAGUAAGUUUGCUUUUUACGGCUUGAUACGUGACUCAAAUACAAUUCCUCGGCCGCAACAACAAAUAAUCGAGACAAAUAUUGUGAAGUUAACAGAAGAGCAGAGAAAUAUUAAUAAUCCGGAUAAGCGGAAACCGUCUCUUCGGACGAGAAGACGAAAGAAACCUUCAUGGCGGAUUUUUAUGCUUUGUGGAACGGUGUUCAUCACAGACUGCCAAGAGACCCAGUAAAAAUAAUCAUCGGACUACCAAGAUUUAGUAUCAUCGUCUUUUCAGCCAUCAUUUUCUUAGGAUUUUUGCGAACUGGCGAAAGCCGACGAUGCGACAGCUACAGAGAUUGCCUCGGGGAUUAUAUCCACUGCUGUAGUGGGUACUGUCGCAGGUCAUGUAACUUGUCCUGCUCUCGAGACGAACAGUGUGGCUCCCCGGGCAGCGUUGAGGAGUACUGCUGCAAGGGAAAAUGCAUUUCCAUCUCCUCCAUCUGUGAAAAGCCUGUGACAGAUGAAGAGGAUGUUCUCAGCAGUCCCGUCAUCGCAGUGGUGGUUAUAUUCGGUGUGAUGCUCAUCGUAGCCGUGUGCUGCGUCUUCAGGUCGUAUUUCUGCAAAGUGCGCACGCUUUGUUUCGGUGAGAGUUCGCAUCAAGUCGAUACUGCCGCCAAGGCCCGUGGCUCUGGCUUUGUCGCACUUGGACGAGGGUCUGUGGGCACUGAAGACGGUUUAGACAGCACAGAGAGAAUUUCCAUGCAGUCUACCAGCACUUGGGUUGGUCAGGAUUUUCGCAUUGCGCCUCCAAGAUCGUCGAGUUUGAAACGCAGUGGCAUCGUGUAAGAAGCUAAAAGUACGCUUUGUUUUGAAGCCAGCUGUCUCACUUCCAUGUUUUAUACGAAGAACAUUCGAUAAAGGUCGUGUAGCGAUCUUGAAUAUUCUAAGAUUUAGGACAGCUGUUUGCAUACAGGACUGACAUAACUCGGCUGUGCCGGAAUCAUUCAAAAAUUGCUGUAUUUAGCGCAUAAGCCAAGCGAAGGACUUGCGUAAAGAAGCUCAGAUAGAGUUGUUUGGGCAUAUCUCAGGAUAUGUACAAAGCGCCAUGAUUUCCGUAAGGUUAAUUACCCAAUAUAUAGCUGCCUUGCAAGCAGUCUUUCAGUACAUCCAAGAUUACAUUUAUUCAUGUAAACGUAUAUACACGAAAAAAAAAUAUUUAUGCCAUCAACCCUUCUAUCUCAAAAGGCUGAGACCAACUUUAUAAUUGCUCGAUUUGAUUUCGAGAUAAAUUAAUAGCUUCAGAUUUCGCGCGAGCUUUCACUGUGACAGUGUAAGCGGAGUCUUUUUUCCUCUUUUUCGGCAUUUUCUGUGACAUUAGGUUGGCAUCUUUUCUUUUUCAUUUUGUCGGCGAAAUAUGCGCGGUAUCAUCAAACUGGCAAAUGGCAAACCUGGUAAGUAAAAGUAAUUCGAAAAGUUGAUUAAAAUCUGACGAAUGUGCAAAUUCA